AUGGAGCCCUUUCUGUCUCGCUUGAUUGUCCAAGCUGCUCCCGCUGCCCGGCCCUCCACGCGCGUCUCCCACCUCCCAUGCACGCGAUCAAAUCGAACGUUCGCUACCUCUCGCAUACAGCGCUUCCCACGAGAGCGCAAGGAACCCUUCAAUACCAUAUCCGCAACGGACAGCUCCUUCAGUCGACCCGCCACGGAGCUCAGCCAAAAUGUCACCCCCGAGGAGCAAGAUCACUACUCUCGCGUUGAGAACAAGAGCAAAGAGAUGCAGGCACGCUCGCCCUGGAUGCGUGAGGGUAGUGAUGUGUCUCCCGUCCACCGCCUCCGGUCUGCAGGUGCAAUGACGAAGGGCAAACUCCUCACGACACCUUCGCGAAUGUUGAAGCUAGUACUGCCCUUGAGCACGCGGGACAGGAACGCAGACCGCAAAGACAUCGAACCUCUAGCCCUGCUCGUUCAUCCACAGCAACCGCUAAGCUAUCUCGAACGAUUGAUUCAAAGCGAACUGCCGUUUCUCUGGGACGAGAGCAAAGGUCGGGAACGGGCGCCCGAUGUUGUGUUUCGCGCAGAGGACAGCAUGGAGGAAACGACUGGACAUGACGUCGAAGAUGUGGUGGUUGACGAAGACAUCGCAGGCGAGGGAGCGGACGAGACUAUGGUGGCUGGCAAACGGGAACGGACGGGCAAGAUCUCAGGCGGCAAGAAGGAGGUCAAAGAGGAUCAGGUCGAGAAAGAUCAGCGUACCGUCAAGGAUCCAGAUUAUACCAACUUUGUUCGCUGGAGCCCUAGCACCGAAAUCGGAGACUUCAUUCGUGAUGCAGCUCGGGGCAAAGAGUUCGCGGUAGAAAUCGAAGGUGCCCCGGAACCAAUCUACGUUGGCGUCCCUUCCUUCUCUGAUCGAACGUUCUACCUCCGAAUGCGUCUCCGGAAAGUCGCGGAGCGCAUCUCCACCAUGGCGGACGUCAAAGAGGAUUGCGACCGAUUAGCCCACAGCGGCGCCAAGAAUGUUGCGCGGCUCGGUUUCGCAGGACUGCUAGGCUGGUGGGGGGCCGUGUACUACGCAACUUUCAUGACGGAUCUGGGCUGGGAUGUCAUGGAGCCUGUUACAUACCUAGUAGGGCUAUCAGGUCUGAUCGGAGGAUACUUGUGGUUCCUAUACCACAACAGGGAAGUCAGCUAUAAGAGCGCCAUGAACCUGACAGUGUCAAGGCGGCAAGCUACGCUUUACAAAGCGAAGGGCUUCGAUUUGCCAGCUUGGGAGAUGUUGAUCGAAGAGGGAAACAGACUCCGACGUGAGAUUAAGAUGGUCGCCGAAGAGUAUGAUGUGGAAUGGGAUGAGACGAAGGAUGAGGGCGAUGAGAAAGUCAGAAAAGCCCUGCAGAGAGAGAGAAAGAAGAAGAGGGGAAAGGAAGACAACGAGGAAGAUGAAGAGAAGGAGGACGAGAAGACGCAGAAAGGGCAGAAGGGCGGUGACUGA